AAGAAAAACAAAAACAAACCAAACGCUACUCAAUCAUGCAUCUAAAUCUUCUCUCAACCACCCUCCUGCUCUCGCUCCACCUCAUAACCGCCCAUGCUGACUGCUUCGACGACCCACCAGCUGACCAACAAGCAGACACCCCCAAAACCGACAACGGCGCCGACAAAAAUGUGAUGAUCGAAAUACUAAAGAUCAUCGCACCCAGGUCCGCCCGGGAGCCUUGCGUCGACCUCAAGGAUGCCUCGGGUGAAUGUCGCAGCGCAGCGCAAGCGGUGGGACCUAUUCUGAAUUCCUUCAAGAGGUACAAGAUCGAAUCCGCAGCCGAGAAGGCAGCGCUGCUAAGUUUGAUGGCGUAUGAAACGGCAGAGUUUGCAUAUAGGAGAAGUCAUUUCCCCGUGACGGCGGGGCAGGGAACACGAAACAUGCAAGUUGCCGAGAACAACGCCAAAUACGCCGAAUCCCUCGACGAGAUCAAGGAUGAGCUAGCAAAGGUCAAGGGCGACAAGGACGCAGUCCUGAACCUCCUCCUCAAAAGCGAUGACCACGACUUUGGGUCCGCAGCAUGGUUUAUGGUCAACCAAUGCUCACCGGAAGUGCGGAAAGGGCUGCAGUCUGGUUCCCAGGAAGGGUGGGAGAAAUAUUUGACGAGAUGUGUAUGGACGGAGGUUACCGACCAGAGAAGGGAUUAUUGGAAGCGGGCGAAGACGGCUAUGGAUUUGAAUGGGUGAAUGCGGCCGCAGGCACAUACAUAUCCGGAAUGAAUGGAGCGGUUCCAAGUGUGGAGUUUGAAUUUUUGAAUUUUUGGGCUGGGACUACUGCUGAUUUGUCGAUUGGAUAUCAAACUCAUAGAAAAAUAUCUUUUACAGCGUGUACCAUCAAGCAAAGAAUCUGUUUUCAGGGGAAAAUAUGCAUCCGCUUCAAGAACAUCACCAUAGAGGAAUCAUUUCCU